CCUCAGGAGCAGGAGAUCCCUUUGCAAUCCCAGGAGAUCCCUUUUCAGUCUCCGGAGCAGGAGAUCCCUGAGAUCCCUUUGCAGCCUCAGGAGCAGGAGGUCCCUUUUCAAUCCCAGGAGAUCCCUUUGCAACCCCAGGAGAUCCCUUUGCAGCCUCAGGAGCAGGAGAUCCCUUUGCAAUCCCAGGAGAUCCCUUUGCAGUCCCAGGAGCAGGACAUCCCUUUGUGAUCCCAGGAGAUCCCUUUGCAGUCCCAGGAGCAGGACAUCCCUUCCCAGGAGCAGGACAUCCCUUUGUGAUCCCAGGAGAUCCCUUUGCAGUCCCAGGAGCAGGAGAUCCCUUUGCAACCCCAGUCCCAGGAGAUCCCUUUGCAAUCCCAGGAGAUCUCUUUGCAAUCCCAGGAGAUCCUUUUGCAGGCCCAGAAGAUCCCUUUGCGACCCCAGGAGAGCAGGCCCGGAGGCGCUCGGCAGAGGGCGCUGCAGCCCCGCAGCCGCCCCCCUCGCCGCUUUUCCUUAGGAUCCAUCUCCACCCACAUCGUUUUUCAAUCCUCAGCCGGUUCUGCGCUCGGCCACGGGAUCAUCAACUUCGUGUCUGUCU